UCUCAUUACUGUACAAUAAAUUAAGCAACAUAAAAUUCAAGUUCAAUGGAGUUGGUUCUCUUACUAUGCAUACUUUUAUUGCUGGUUUCUGCACCUACAGCUGAUUCAAAUGGUUGGUUAAGCCAUGGUGGAGACAUACUGAACAGGAGAUAUGCCGACGAGGAAAGCAAGAUAAGCCCAGAAACAGUUUCGAAUCUGAGAUUGAAAUGGAAAUUCAAUGCCGGGAGAGACAUCACCGCGACACCGUCGGUUUUGGACGGAGCAAUUUAUUUCCCGAGUUGGGAUGGAUAUCUCUAUGCCGUGAACGAAUCCGAUGGAUCUCUUAUUUGGAAACAGAACUUGCAGCAGUUGACUGGCUUUAAUUCCACUGGACUUAUAUCCAAUGUUAGUGUCAUAGUUUCAAGAACAACGCCCGCCAUUGCGGAUGAUUUGGUCAUCGUUGGGAUCUGUGGACCGGCUUCUGUUGUUGCAGUGAAGCGAUCCAGUGGGGAGCUUGUUUGGUCAACCCUGCUUGAUGGAAACCCGGCCGGUUGCAUCACCAUGUCUGGAACUUACUACAAGGGGAAUUUCUACGUUGGCACAUCUUCACUAGAAGAAGUGCUAAGCCUUGACAAAUGCUGCACAUUUCGAGGAAGCUUCGUCAAACUCGACGGAAAAACCGGAAAAAUCUUGUGGCAGACCUUCAUGUUACCCGAAAACUUCGGCAACCGUGGCGAAUACGCCGGGGCUGCCAUCUGGGGCAGCAGCCCGCCAAUCGACACCAAGAGGAGCCUCGUCUACAUUGCCACCGGGAACCUCUACUCGGUUCCCCAAAACAUAUCCGAUUGCCAAGAGAGAGAAAACAAUCAAACCCAAAUUCCUCCAACGCAUUCGGAUGAAUGCAUCGAGCCCGAUAAUCACUCAGAAUCAUUCGUGGCCCUUGAUUUGGACACUGGAAACAUCAAGUGGUUCCAUCAGCUCGGGGGCUAUGAUGUUUGGUUUUUCGCCUGUAGUAAUCUUUCAGUUCCUGAUUGUCCUCCGGGACCAAACCCCGAUGCUGAUUUCGGCGAAGCACCGAUGAUGAUAACCAUAGACGUGAAUGGAACUGAGAAAGACAUCGUUGUUGCAGUCCAAAAAAGUGGAUUUGCAUGGGCAUUGGAUCGUGAUGAUGGCAAUAUUAUAUGGUUUACGGAAGCCGGACCUGGUGGUGUCGCCGGAGGCGGAACAUGGGGAGCCGCCACAGAUGAAAAGAGGGUUUACACAAACAUAGCAAACUCCGAUCGUAAAAACUUCACUCUGAAACCAUCUACAAGGAACGCCGCUGCCGGCGGAUGGGUGGCGAUGGAUUCUAAAAACGGUGAAAUCCUUUGGUCGACAGGCGACCCUAGCAAUGGCACUGUCACUGGGCCUGUGACGGUGGCUAAUGGGGUCCUAUUUGGUGGUUCGACGCAUAAAGAAGGACCUAUUUAUGCAAUGGAUGGUAAGAGUGGGGAAAUUCUGUGGUCAUAUAACACAGGAGCAACUGUUUUUGGUGGGAUGUCAGUUAGCGAUGGGUGCGUUUUCGUUGGCCAUGGAUAUAGGGUUGGUUUUGGAACCCUCAACCCCAACAACACAGCUGGAAACUCACUCUUCGCAUUUUGUAUCUCUUAAGUCCUCACUCGGACAUUAAUAGUGUAGGGGUUUUGU